GAGCUCCUCCCGGGACAAAGACCGACGUGUGACAGUCGGUAGUUCAGUGCCCAUGCCUGCUGGAGGGAAGGCAAGCCAGACUAACUGCACUCAGUCCACACCUCAGAAGGUCCCCAACCGCCUGAUCAAUGAGAAGUCACCGUACCUCCUGCAACAUGCCUACAACCCUGUGGACUGGUACCCCUGGGGACAGGAAGCCUUCGACAAGGCCAGGAAAGAAAACAAGCCAAUUUUCCUUUCAGUGGGGUACUCCACCUGCCACUGGUGCCACAUGAUGGAGGAGGAGUCCUUCCAGAACGAGGAGAUUGGCCGCCUGCUCAGUGAGGACUUCGUCAGCGUAAAGGUGGACCGGGAGGAGCGGCCGGAUGUGGACAAGGUGUAUAUGACCUUUGUGCAGGCCACCAGCAGUGGUGGGGGCUGGCCCAUGAGUGUGUGGCUGACUCCCAAUCUACAGCCCUUUGUGGGGGGCACCUAUUUCCCCCCUGAGGAUGGCUUGACCCGAGUUGGCUUUCGCACGGUGUUGAUCAGGAUACGGGACCAGUGGAAGCAGAACAAGAGUACCCUGCUAGAAAACAGCCAGCGUGUCACCACAGCUCUGCUGGCCCGGUCGGAGAUCAGCAUGGGGGACCGCCAGCUGCCACCCUCUGCUGCCACCAUGAAUAGCCGCUGCUUCCAGCAGCUGGACGAGGGCUAUGAUGAGGAGUAUGGCGGCUUCGCUGAGGCCCCCAAGUUUCCCACGCCGGUGAUUCUCAGCUUCCUGUUCUCCUACUGGCUCAGCCAUCGGCUCACCCAGGAUGGCUCUCGGGCCCAGCAGAUGGCCUUGCACACCCUGAAGAUGAUGGCCAAUGGGGGCAUCCGAGACCACGUGGGGCAGGGCUUCCACCGCUACUCCACGGACCGCCAGUGGCACGUCCCUCACUUUGAGAAGAUGCUGUAUGACCAGGCGCAGCUCACGGUGGCCUAUUCACAGGCCUAUCAGAUCUCUGGGGAUGAGUUCUACUCUGAUGUUGCCAAAGGCAUUCUGCAGUACGUGACGCGGAACCUGAGUCACCGGUCUGGAGGCUUCUGUAGUGCUGAGGACGCGGACUCGCCCCCCGAGCGGGGCAUGAGGCCCAAAGAGGGCGCCUUCUACGUGUGGACGGUCAAAGAGGUCCAGCAGCUCCUUCCUGAGCCCGUGCCGGGCGCUACGGAGCCGCUGACCUCGGGCCAGCUGCUCACGAAGCACUAUGGGCUUACGGAAGCCGGCAACAUCAGCCCCAGCCAGGACCCCAAGGGGGAGCUGCAGGGCCAGAAUGUGCUGACCGUCCGGUAUUCUCUGGAGCUGACUGCUGCCCGCUUUGGCCUGGACGUGGAGGCCGUGCGGACUUUACUCAAUGCAGGCCUCGAGAAGCUCUUCCAGGCCCGGAAACAUCGGCCAAAGCCGCACCUGGACAGCAAGAUGCUGGCCGCCUGGAACGGACUAAUGGUGUCUGGCUAUGCCGUGACCGGGGCUGUCCUGGGCCAGGAGAGGCUGAUUAACUAUGCCAUCAAUGGUGCCAAGUUCCUAAAGCGGCACAUGUUUGACGUGGCCAGCGGCCGGCUGAUGAGAACCUGCUAUGCAGGGUCCGGGGGGACCGUGGAACACAGCAACCCGCCAUGCUGGGGCUUCCUGGAGGACUACGCCUUUGUGGUUCGGGGCCUGCUGGACUUGUACGAGGCCUCCCAGGAGAGCGCGUGGCUCGAGUGGGCUUUGCGGCUGCAGGACACACAGGACAGGCUCUUCUGGGACUCCCGGGGUGGCGGCUACUUCUGCAGUGAGGCCGAGCUGGGGGCUGGCCUGCCCCUGCGUCUCAAGGAUGACCAGGAUGGCGCAGAGCCUAGUGCUAACUCUGUGUCAGCCCACAACCUGCUUCGGCUGCACGGCUUCACCGGCCACAAGGACUGGAUGGACAAGUGUGUGUGCCUACUGACUGCCUUCUCCGAGCGCAUGCGCCGUGUCCCGGUGGCAUUGCCCGAGAUGGUCCGUGCCCUCUCAGCCCACCAGCAGACCCUCAAGCAGAUUGUGAUCUGUGGAGACCCCCAGGCCAAGGACACCAAGGCUCUGUUGCAGUGUGUCCACUCCAUCUACAUCCCUAACAAGGUGCUGAUUCUGGCCAAUGGGGACCCCUCGAGCUUCCUGUCCCGCCAGCUGCCCUUCCUGAGUACCCUGCGACGGCUAGAGGACCGAGCCACUGCCUAUGUGUGUGAGAAUCAGGCCUGCUCGAUGCCCAUCACCGAGCCCUGUGAACUACGGAAACUGCUACAUCAGUGACUGCCUCCACCACCCAGGCUGGGGCAGAAGGUGGAGCUUCCCAGCUGACCAGAGACUCAGGCCCUUCAGGGCCCUGCAGAACCUGCGGCCAUCCCUGGACACCCUGUCACCAGGUGGCCUCGGCCAUCCUUGCUGCCCCACCAUGGGCACACACUCACCCUGGAAUAAACCUAACAGCGUCCCGCAGUAA